GUGUGUGUGAGAGCGAGAGAGCGAGCGCUGGCUCCUUUAGCGGAUCCUUACGAUAUGCUCGGGCCCGGGAACGGGGAAUGGAGGGAGCCCGUUUGCCGAAGGGGCGUCGGCGGGAGUCCAGUCCGGGCCUCCUCCGGCUCUCCCGGUUACGUCCCGGGGUGCAGGGGUCGUGAAUCUGCCUUGUGGCGUCUGUUGAUCGGGUCACCGUUGCAGCUGUCGGCGGGAAGGGAAGGAGGAAGCUGGCAGUCGAGAGAGGGCAUUGGGAGCCCAGAACUCUGCCUCCCCGGGGGCGGGGGGGUAGUUUUAGGUGAAAUGCCUGGAAUUUUGCAAAAGACAGCCCUGCCGCUACUCCCUAAGGUUCCAAUCCGAGAAAGGAAUCUGCAACAGGUAAAAAGGUUAGAAGAAGCCAGAGAGAAUGUGCAUCUACUCAGAAGACCCGAAAGACUCCUGAAUUAGGGACUGAGGGAGACUGAGUCAACUGUAGGAACCAGGCCGUUGCCUCAAGUGUCUGGAGCUCAGACGUGCGGCCCAGGGAAGGGAACUGUGGCUAGGUAAGGAGGCCGUGCCUGAUGUCACUUGCAGAUCCCGUGUCAGCACCAAGCCCUCAGAGGCUGGUGGCAGCUGCUCAGCAGACCCUGGGCAUGGGGAAGAGACGGUGCCCACCCCAAGCCGUCUGCCUUCACCUAGCUGGAGAGGUGCUGGCUGUGGCCCGGGGACUGAAGCCAGCUCUGCUGUAUGAUUGCAGUUGUGCAGGGGCAUCAGAGCUUCAGAGCUAUCUGGAGGAGCUGCGGGCCCUGGGCUUCCCCACCCAGGGACUUCACAUCCUGGAGAUCGGAGAAAACAGCUUGAUUGUCAGUCCCGAGCGUGUAUGUCAGUCCUUGGAGCAGGUGCUGCUUGGUACCAUAGCCUUUGUGGAUGUUUCCAGCUCCCAGCCUCACCCGUCUAUCUGCUCCCUGGACCAGCUUCAGGAUUUGAAGGCCCUGAUGGCUGAGAUCAUCACGCAUCUGCAAGGGCUGCAGAAGGACCUGUCCGUGGCAGUCUCCUGCAGCAGACUUCGUUCCUCAGACUGGAAUCUCUGUACUGUGUUUGGGAUCCUCCUGGGCUAUCCUGUUCCGUAUACCUUUCAACUGAACCAGGGAGAUGACAACUGCUUAGCCCUGACCCCACUACGGGUGUUUGCUGCUCGGAUCUCAUGGCUGCGUGGUCAUCCCCCAGUCUUGCUGUAUUCCUUUAGUGUCCCAGAGAGCUCGUUCCCAGCCCUGAGAGAGAUUCUAAAUACUUGGGAGGAAGACCUUAGAACUCGAUGUAGGGCUCAGAAUGACUUUGCUGACCUGAGCAUCUCCUCCGAGAUAGUCACGCUCCCAGCAGUGGCUCUCUGACUUUAGUGUUUCUCUCAUGUGGAUGGUAUUCAGAAAAUGAUCAGUUCUAGCUCAGGGAUGACCUCUCAAGUACGAAUUCUGAGCAUCUUGAGAACAGUAGGGAAAAAUGCUGUCAUCAGUUGUGCACAUUGCCAUGGGCAGGGGGAGUAGGUGCUGGUGGCCUUGGUCAUACAUUUUUGCCAUUUCUAUACUAGGAAGUCCUCUUGACGUUGCUGAGAUAUCUGUUGAUUUUUUUUUUUUUAAUUGGGUAGGCGAUAGGAGAAAAGAGAUUGUGAAGAAAGGUGGUGGAGGACAAGCAAUAUACUCUUGUGUGGUGGUUGUAAAUAUACCUGCCCUAGUGGAUAGUGUCUGCCGGAAAGUGGAGGACUGGGUAGGUUUUACUGCAUGUUCAUAUACCACCAACUUAAUUGGACUAUGGAGACUAGACCAGGAUGCUCAAAUGUCUUACGUUUAUGGAUAUGACAUGUCUUUCAGGGGUAAACUAAGAGUUCCAAGGAACAGAGACAAUUAGGUGAAGUUUGUUUAUUUUACAGUAGGUUAAAAAAAAAUAAUAGCAAAGUCAAAAAUCUCAGGGAAAUCCACACUUUAAAGUAUGUAAACCUUCUGAAUUUUUCAUUAAGUUUCUUGCUUCAGAUUUUCACUCAUGCAGCUGUCACAAGUGAUUCAUAUCAUCAGGCUGUCCUUGUUGGCCAGGAGCACUGCCAGUGCUAUAGCAAUCAUUAUCAUCAGCAUCGAGAGCCACUGGCCAUAUUGCCUCUGUGAGGGGGUUGAGGAGGGGGUGUUGGGGAGAGAGAAAGAGGCCAUGGGUUGUUUAGAGAAGGUACAGGCAAAAAUAAUCUUCCUUCUUCUCAUCCCUGCCCAGUGGAAAGUAUUGGGUCAGUAGAGGAGAAAAAGCUGUUUACAUCACUGCCCCUCUCACUUGGUCACUUCCUUUGGGAUUAAAUCACUUUACUGCUGGUCACUGGCUCCUAAGCCAGGAUUACUGGCCCGGGGAAUCAAACCCAGCAAAGGCCAGAUACUUAAAUACGAUAAUAAUCAAGGAUGGAAAAUAAUUCAGCAAAAUUAUAUUAUUCUCCGUUUGUAUUCCUUAGUGCUUUUGCUGUCCUUACUCUUGCCACUAGCUCAUAAUAGGCUAAAAGAAAAAAACAAUAAUAGGCUAAAAGAACACCACUUCAUGUUUUAGCUAAUAGUCUUCCCCUUCAGGUUCAAGAGUUCCAUGAAAAUUAGGCUUAGAUGCAUGAGCCAGUGUUUACUGACACUUGCUAUACUGUCAAGUAUAUAAACCAGGCUGAGUGGAACAGGCUGGCCAGAGGUUGGCACAGGCUGAUAAAUUUUAUCUGCAAGAUUUGGCCAAAGGAGGAACCGUCCCACCAUCAUCCAGGACAAUACGGGAGGAUAGACUCUCUUACUCUGGGAGGCGGCUGUUGGCUCUGGUUCAGCUCUUCUCGACAAUGCUGCAGCUUACGUAGGCAGGAGAGAUACUCGUCACUGAGGUUGUCUAACUCCGAAUGCAGUUCUCUGCACUGGGGGGAGAAUACCACCAACGUCAUCACCAUCAGUUCCUUCUGGGACAGCUCAGAUUGGGGAGAGGGCCCCAUGUGAGUUACCCCUUCAUUCAUUUGGAAUUUUUACCAUCAUCCUCCCUUCCCAGCCUUUCUCAGAGAUUUCAGUUUGCCUUUUGACUGUCUCACCUACUUUGUCUGGAAUGUGUCCAUUUAAAUGAUUAUAAUGCAUAUUAUAAUAUGUAUUGUACAUGUCAGUGCUCUCAUGAUUGUGUAUGUGUAAGUGCUUUGUAGAUGGGGGCACCAAAAAAUGACGAUCUUCUAGCACAGAGGACCUGGGAGUGAUCUUAGUAAAAGCAUCUUUGCCAGGACCUGGUUGAGUUGCAUAUGAAUACUUCUGGGGAUAUGUAUGUUCCCCAGUAUGUAGAUGGAAAGGGCUUUGUUAAUUAAAAGACACUAUAUAUGUAUAUAUGUGUGUGUGUGUGUGUGUAUAUAUAUAUAUAUAUAUAUAUAUAAAUAAUUUAAAAUUAUAUUUGCGUAAAAGACACUAUAUGUAUAUAUAUAUAUAUAUAUAUAUAUAUAUAUAUAUAUAUAUAGUUUUGAGAUAACUCUAGGGCAAAGUUUGAGGAAAUAAUAUGUUUAUUAAAUGUGUUUGAGUUUAGGUUGACUUUACAAAAGGUAACUAGUAAAACCCUGAAUAACAGUUGGUAUAAAUAAAGGAAGGAAAAGAUUGACAAAUUAGCCCAAAAGUAAAGACAUUUUAUAAAGGCAAAUGAAUACCUACUGACAUCCAGUCACAAUUUAAACUUUGAAAUCUUUGCUCUCUGGCUGCCUCCCAGUAGUUUUCCUUACUAUUGUGGGAUGAUCCCCUCACUAUCUUGAGGUCACCGUCUCACCUCCUUUUCCUUGGCCUGGAGCUGCAAAGUCUUCUUUUGCAGCUGGUCUCUGAAAUCCCAUUCUUUCUCCUUCCCUGUACCCUCAGGUUCCACUUCAUUAUGGGAGGGCUUUGGACUCCACAGAGGCAAAGCCUGAUCUAAAAAAGCAGCCAGAUUCUCAGUGAUAGUGAGGUCCACACCUCCGAGGGAGGGCCUUAUCACUGAGAGAACCCUGGAGUGACGGGAAGGGAGGAGAGGGAGCAAGGGAGGACCUGUCCCUGACGAGACUGCACGGAGUAGAAUUCUCUCACUUCCUCCCAUUGGGACCUUGCUCAAUCUUGACACAGAGCUGGAAUUUGAGCCCCUUGAGGUCAAGAUUGGCAUCUUUUCUUUGUAUCCCUAGUCCUGUUUAAUGGCAGAUAUUUCUAGAGGAUACUUACUAAUCCAGUUUCUUUUGUAGUAUUUCUGGUGGUAGGUUUGUUUGGUGCUUUGAUAUAACUAAGCCCUUUCCCUUCUGUCCUCAUUUCAGUCAUGAGAAUGGCUGUCCUACCCUAGAAUUCAUCUUCAUGGGGUGGCUUAAGGAUGGCUUCUGAGCCACGUGGCAGUCUUAGUCUUGGUGAAGAGAGCAGUGAACUAGGAGUUAGAAAUUGUGGAUUGUUGUCUUAGUGGUGUCCUUAAUUCUUAUGACCGUAGACUUUCUUUUUCUUAUCCAUACUAUGUGAGUAUAAUAAUUUCUGUCUUAUCUUUUACAUGGUGAUUGUGAUGAGAAAACAAAAGACCUCAUGGAACGCAUAAGUGAGGGUCUUUCUCCCUGCCCGACCCCCGCCCGUACAUGAUGAAUUCUUCUCAGAGAGCUAAGGCAGAAGACUCUUGAGGGUUAAGAGUGAGGUAACCGUUGCAUGCAACACAGUGUGGACUUGGGGAGUUGGAUUUGAUUCAGAAAGUCAAGUGUAAAAAUUGACAUUAAAUCCUGAGUUCAAAAUCAAUUUAUUGAAAUGUUCAACACAGACAUAUGUUUUUGGAGAGAGUAGAAAUUCUUUUCACAGUUUAUAUACUUCUCAGGAUAGGAGGCUAACUGGUUAAAGUGUUCUCAAAGCCAAUGAUCAAUCACCAAAAAGCUCCCCUAGAUUCCUGCCCUAACAGACUCCUAGAACUGCAUGGGACUCCAAGAGGUCAUGUGGUCCGUCUCCUGCCUCUAGGUAGGCAAAGAAAGACCACUAUCUUAGAAUUUGUGGAAGUAAAUUUGCUGACCUUUCUUUGUUAAGAGUUUCUCCUGUUCUUGAAGCUGUAAGGAUUGAUUCUGGAGCAGACCUGCAGGAAAACAUAAGGAACUUUUCUAUACUAGCAUAUCUACUGCAAACAGUGUCUUUUCAGAACUUUGCUUCGAAACUUAAUUAUUCAAAAUGUUCUUGUCUGUUAUUGGUUGAAUAACCACCACCAUUCAUAGGAAAUCCUAACCCCUAGGUCCUCAGAAUGUGAUCUCAUUUGGAGAUAGGUUCUUUACACAGGUAAUCAAGUAUUUUAGGAUAUUAGAGUUGGCCCUGAUUUCAUAUGACUGAUGUCCUCCAAGAAGGGGAAAUUUCAACACAGACGUGCAUAGAUAGAAGACAAGAAGAAACACAGGAAGAAGAAGGCCAUCUGCAAGCCAAGGAGAGUGGCCUGGAACAGAUUGUAUCCUCAAAGCCCUCAGGAGGAAUCAACCCUGCCAACACUUUGACCUUGAACUUGUAGCCUCCAGAGCAAAAUAAAUUUCUGUUAAGUGA